GCUUUCUAUGGCACUGACGGCAACAAAAUGUCAACUGCAUCAAAACAAACAGCCCGGUGGUUUGCCUUUGCACAUUUCUUUGGAAUUUAUCCACUCUAAAGACUUUAAUUAAUGUAUCUACUAUCUUUAAUUUCUUUAAUUAAUGCAUCUGUCUUGAAUCACUCACAUGAAUAAUAAAUAAUGCAUGCGAGUUAUUAAUAUUUUUCGUACCAAACACGCUCUCAUAAUUUCGCUGGUCGAGUACAUAUUGAAUAAAAACGACUAUCAGAGGGUACAAUAAGUAAUAUAAGUUCUGUGAAUAAAACAACAUGUCACGCUGUUCAGACGAAGAAUUAAUAAAAGUUGUUCAACAAUAUCCUAUUAUUUAUCAACCAGUACCAAAUGAUGUGACACUGAGUGCCCACAAGAAUAAUUUGAAGAUUGUCUGGGAUGAGAUCUAUAAGAAUCUGAAAUCUAACCGUCUCAGGGUUCGGUGGUAUGAGAAAUAUCACACAUACAUAAAGUUAAUGAUGUUGAUUGAUACUGGAACUGUAUCAAAGAAGGUUCUACAGGCCUGCAAGGACACUAACAAGUUUUUAGAUGGCAGCUUAAGUUUUUUAGAUCCAUACAUAAGCAAAGAAACUUACUUGAAAAUACCAUUUCAUGUCCACAAAACUAUAAACACCAGAUUUGGUUUACCAUUAAAACAUGGUCAAAGUACAAAUGAAAAUAUUGAUUACAGUAUGAAUACUGUUACUCAUGAUCAAGUGUUAUCCUUAUUACAAAACAGGAGUGACUGUACAGAGAGCUUUGAUAUGAAUUUUCUUUUUCCCAUAGUUUAUAAAGCCAUACAACGUAAAUUAAAGGAGCUACUAUCACUAGAAGAGAAAGAUAAUGAUGAAACAAAAACAUCUCCACAACAAGAUCUACAAUUAGAAAGUGAACUCAUGAUUGAUGAAAAUAUUAAGAUAGAAAAUCAAGAUGACAUUGACACACUUGAAGAAAACAUGUUACUUGAUACUGAUACAAUUCUUGAAGAUGAUAAUUUAGAACUAAUUUUACCAGAUGGCCAAAUAGUGUAUGAUGAGUCAACUGUUUGUGAAGAUCUAACUGAACACAGUACAGUGUCCAAUAAUAAUGAGUUUAUGGGCAAUAUGAGUGAUGUUAACAUGAGAGAAUUUUUCAAUGAUCUGGGUGAAACCAUGAGUGCAGAAUUGUCAAAUAGGAAACAAAAGUUACUUCAAUUACGAAUAAAUGAACUACUAAGAAAUACAUUCGCACAGAAGUGACUCAAAUGCAUAUAUUAAAGUAUUUCUUUUGAUGUUAGUUGAUGAUAUGUUUAUAGUUUGACAUGGCGAUUUCUAAGAUGUAGCAUCAUGUUUAGGAAAAUCCAAAAUAUUUAUCAGUUCAUGCAGAUACAAAAAGCUGGUUGUCAAAGAAACCAAAAGUUUUUUAUACUUCAUGUCAGUUAGGUAAGGGGAUCAAUUUUAUUUUUUGUUUUAUAAUGAGAAAUAAGUACUUAAUGACUAUGUAUGCGUUAUAUGUAAAACUGCAGUUUUAAUAAAAUAAUUAGUUUUCAAUUUGAUACUACUUCUAGUACUACGUCUAGUAUCUGACAAGGUUUUGGUCAACUCAUCCCGCUUACAACUGAUUGUGCAGGACAAGUCCACAUUAAUAUUUUUACUAUUUUUCCUUACAACUGCACUGCUUAAAAUUCAUUCCUGUAUAUAUUUAUAAAUAAAACUAUGUACUUAUUGCA